GAAGUGUAUUCAAAAUGGAUUCUCAAAUAGAAAAAAAUGGUAAAUUACCUUUAGAAGAAGCGCUGGAGAAAACAGGUUAUGGCAUUUACAACUAUCUGAUAAUAGCCCUAGCUGGAAUUGGCACAAUAGCGUUCGUAGCACUGACCUUUGGAUCCACCAUCAUCGUGCCAGCCAGUGCUUGUGAGUUAGCGACCACGAGCGCACAACAGGGUCUACUAAUUGCGGUGCCAGUCUUGGGAGCGGUGAUUGGUACCCUGUUAUGGGGUUAUCUAGGUGACACUCGCGGUCGCCGCCGCAUGCUGUUGUUGUCGCUGACUCUAGGCGGAACCUCCAACGCGUUGGCCAGCAUCUCAGUCAACUGGCUUAUGCUCAUGAUUGUCCAACUCUUCACCGUCACCUUUGGCUCCGGGAUAUACGUGCUAUCAAUGACUCUACUCAGCGAAAGCGUGCCUGUGAGGAAACGAAAUGUCGCUAUGCUGCUUGUGUCUAGUAUUUUCCUCCUCGGACAAGGACUUAUAUCUGUAAUGGCAAUACCAGUUAUACCCCUAAGUUUUUCCUACUACAUGCCAGCGCUGGGUAUCUACUGGAACUCCUGGAGAACCAUGCAAGUGGUUUUCUCGUUGCCCUGUGUCCUUUGCGGCAUCUGUUUGUUAUUCAUGCAGGAAAGCCCUAAAUACGCACUUGCCUCUGGUGAUGAGGAGUGGUCGAUGAGGAUUUUGGAAACUUUUUAUAGAGUGAAUAAUGGAAAGCGCGCUGAGGAAUUCGGGGUGAAAGGUUUGUUAAAAGAAACGGGGACAGCAGAAAAGAAAUCGGCAAAAGACCAAAUCUUGCCGCUUUUUAAGAUGCCGUACUUGAAGUACACACUGGUCAUGGCUAGUCUUUUUAUAUUACAUCAAAUCGUGAUAGCAUUCUUGGUAUGGGCACCGACUAUCACUAACAAGUUCAUGAAACUGUUGGAAACUGGCGAGGGCACAGACUUCACGCUCUGCCAGAUCAUCGAUGCAGAAGUCGAACCUGAUCCUAAUGACGUCCCUUGCUCGCUCAACCGCAACGCUCUGCUGCUGAUGUUCGGAGUCUGCGCCAUGCACUCUUUCUUCAAUACCAUCCUCAGCCAGAUAGUGGACAAGACUGGUCGUCGCAACAUGGCGAUGGUAGUAGCGUCCAUAUGCGGCGUAGCUGGCAUACUUAUCAACUUGAUACCCAACGCCGUGGGGACUGUGGUUUUAUUUAUGGUCUUUUCCAUCGCGUUGGUGUCCAUGGGGUUCUAUACGACGAUAUCUGUUGCGCUGUUCCCAACGCAUUUGAGAACAACAGCAGUAGCGCUCACAAUGAUCGGCGCGCGGCUCAUGAGCGUAUUCUUCAUUCAAAUAGUCAACUAUCUCCUCACCAACUGGUGCGCUGGAGGUUUCUACGUGUGCUCUGCGUUAUUUGGCUCAUCGGUUCUGCUAUUGGCGUUAAUACCGGACGACCGACGGCUACGUGCUCCGCCUCCUAAAGACUCCGAGACCACUGAAGAAAAGAGGUCAUCAUCAUAA